CUCUCUCUCUCUCUCUCUCCCUCCACAAGUCCAGGCCUUGUUCGGUGCUGAUCCCCCUUUUCUUGAUCACCUUUUCUCCCUACUUCUAAGAAGAAACGCCCAUCAUGCUGCGUCGCCAGACUCGCGAGCGGCGGGAGUAUCUCUACCGCAAGUCGCUCGAGGCCACCGAGCGCGAGGAGUACGAGAAGCGCCAUCGCAUUCGCGAGGCCUUGAACGCUGGCAAGCCCAUCCCCACCGAGCUGCGCGAUGACGAGCUUGCCCUGCGAGAGAAGAUGCAGCUCGAGGACCCGAACUCUGGAGUCCCCGACCAUGAUGAUGAGUAUGCCAAUGCCGGCAUGUUCGACCCGAAGAUUGUGGUCACCACCUCGCGCGACCCCAGCUCGCGCCUGGACCAAUUCACCAAGGAGAUGCGCCUGGUCUUCCCCGGCGCCCAGAAGAUCAAUCGCGGUAACUAUGUGAUCAAGGAGCUGGCGGAUGCCUGCCGCGCCAACGGCGUGACGGACCUGAUCAUCUUCCACGAGACCCGUGGCGAGCCCGAUGGCAUGAUCGUCUCGCACUUUCCCUACGGCCCGACGGCCUACUUCUCCCUUCACAAUGUGGUGCAGCGUCAUGACAUCGAGGACCGGGGCACUGUGAGCGAGCAGUUCCCGCAUCUGAUUUUCGACCAGUUCACCACCCCCUUGGGCCUGCGUGUCAAGUCCAUCUUGCGCCACUUGUUCCCUGUCCCCCGGCCGGAUAGCCGCCGGACGAUGACCUUCGCCAAUCGGUCGGACUACAUCAGCUUCCGGCACCAUGUGUUUGUGCGCCAUGGCGGCGGCGAGCGCGGUGGUAAUGAGGUGGAUCUCAGCGAGGUGGGCCCUCGUUUUGAGCUGAAGCUUUACAAGAUUACCCAGGGCACCAUCGAUAUUGGCGAGGCCGACGUCGAGUGGGUCGCGCGCCCGUACAUGAACACCUCCCACAAGCGCGAUUUCCUGUAGGCGGUGCUUGUGUCUGGGUGGGCCUGCCCUUUCCCCCCCCCCCCCCCCCUCGC